UCCCGAGGAGCGGACACAAUGAACCAGCCUCGCAAGGUUUGUUGUUCUUUCAUAUGCUAAGAGCUACCAGAGGGCUGGGCGGAACCAACAGGGCUCCGGGCAAAGCAGGCGAGCUCGUCAUUAGAGCGAAUAGCUGGCUCAGAGGGAGUGGGAGCCGGAGGUGAAACAGAUCCAAUCAGAGAGUCCUAUCACGCCAGGACCAUGCCUGAGGCGCUUUCAUAUGCAAAUAGAGAGCGGGCAGGCGGCUGAGCCAAGCCACUUGCUGGGAUCCAGCUGAAGAAGAAGCCUGGAGAGGGUAAGCGGAACAAAGCGGGUGUGUGCGCCGGUGGCCGGAGCAUUAGCGCUUGUUCAGAGAGGGGACGGAAAAAGAAACCAACACUCAAGGCAACGGACUGCACAAUAGACAUCAUCCUCGUCGGAUCUCCCGGGACACUUGUGGGAAGCUGGAGAUUUUUCCGCCUGGCUGAAUAACUUGAUGAGUUGUGGGCGGCUUUGUGCUUCCGGCAGUCACUCCAGAGGGAAAUAUUUUAAACCCACCAACAAUGCGCCGGCAGAGGCGUUACCUCCUGGCCAUUUCUCUCCUGGGCGCGAUGGUUUUCGUUGUGCUGCACAAGGGUGAGUUGCACCGGUCAAAAAAAUAUCCCCGGCAAACGAUGUGUCACGAAAGCUACUUGCUGAGUCGAGCCUGUGAUGCAUUCAUCGAACGGAAGAAAGCUUUCGUUUGGGGAAACCUUCUGAAAACCUCUCGGGGGAGUUUUGCCUGCAGUGAGUACUUAAUGCACAAUCACUAUAUAACCAGCCCUCUCUCUGCAGAAGAAGCUGCCUUUCCUUUGGCUUAUAUCAUAACUUUGCAUAAAGAAUUUGAUACGUUUGAGAGGCUCUUCAGGGCUAUUUAUAUGCCCCAAAAUGUUUACUGUGUCCACGUGGAUGAGAAGGCAACGGCUCAGUUUAAGCAAGACGUGGAGACAUUGUUGAACUGUUUCCCCAAUGCGUUUAUUGCCUCAAAAAAUGAGCCAGUCAUUUAUGCUGGAAUAUCCAGACUUCAGGCGGAUUUGAACUGCAUGAAAGACCUGCUGGAAUCAGGAGUUCGGUGGAAGUACCUACUCAACGCGUGUGGACAAGAUUUCCCCUUGAAAACCAACAAGGAAAUAGUUCAGCACCUGAAAGGCUAUAAGGGUAAAAAUAUCACUCCUGGGGUGCUGCCUCCUGCCCAUGUGAUUUCAAGAACCAAAUAUAUCCAUAAGGAGCACAUAGGGACGGACUCCUCUUACAUGAAAAAGACCAAUGUGUUGAAACAGUCCCCACCACACAAUCUGACCAUCUACUUUGGCUCUGCUUAUAUCGCGGUCACAAAGCCAUUUGUCGAGUUCGUUCUCAAUGAUCAACGUGCUGUUGAUUUAUUGGAGUGGUCCAAGGACAGCUACAGUCCAGAUGAACACUUCUGGGUAACACUCAAUCGGAUACAAGAUGUCCCUGGUUCCAUGCCAAAUGCAUCCUGGGAAGGUAAUCUGAGAGCUAUCAAGUGGAACGAUAGGGAAAGCUUUCAUGGAGGUUGUCAUGGCCAUUACGUCAGAGGCAUUUGUAUAUAUGGAACAGGUGACUUAAAGUGGCUAUUUAAGUCUACAAGCAUGUUUGCUAACAAGUUUGAACUCAAAACAUACCCACCCACUGUAGAAUGCCUGGAACUGAGGCUUCGAGAGAGAGCACUGAACCAGAGCGAAACGCAGGUGAAACCAAGUUGGUACUUUUAACAACUCAGAAUGGAAAUAAAACUACAGCUGCUGUAGCUCAGGAAGAAUAACCUUCCCAGAAAGACUUUUCUUCUGGAUCUUCAGUACGGGUAGUUUGUAAUGUCUUGAGUGGAAGGUUUGAGUGCAGAUCAUACAACACUGGAGAGACCAAAGAGGAGGCGGAGGAAAUGGUUCUGUUGGCUUUGCUGAAUUUGCACUUUUGGCAUGUGUGGCUAGAUGGCGCCUUGCUGACUUGUGCCUGGCAAUAAUGUUAUCGCUAUCAUGUUCUGUAUAUUUAUAUGUAAAAAAAUCACACAUCCCUAAAUUUUCAUAUGGCAACAUAAAAUCCAGAGCAUACUAAUGAGGAAGAGUUAUCCUUCUUUGAAGGAAACAACCACCAUCAACAAGAUCUUAAAGUAAAAUCCAGGUGCACAGUUUGAUGACUUCCAUACAUACAGAAACAAGAAUCACUGACCAAAAAAAUACCCUAUACACAUUUGGCACAGAGAAUAGCAUUUGGUAUUUUUGACUCUCUAAAUGGGCAGCAUGGAGCACAUGGGAAGCAGGAGGUAUGCUUCUAGAUCUGCUGGAUCCCUUCCAAAGCAUUCUGGGGGUGGGGGAAGACACCUGGGAGUUAGACAUUUUCAUACUGAUAACUCUGAGCUUUUAAGAAUAACUCAAUCACUCCAUCUUAUCCUGUGAAACAUGCUAAUAGACUGAGUUUUAUUUUUCUAGACUGUAUAUACUUAGCACGGAAAAUCCUGUUAGCUGUUGGUUAUACUGUGUUAAGAUUUUUCCCCGACAUGCCAGCCACUAGAUAUGUGAGCAGGUCUGUUGUUCCAGCUACACAUGUAAAGCUCCCUGAAGACAACUGAAAGUCUCAAUAGACCAGCCAGGACAUUGUUUGCUGCGUACCAGGCAGACUUUAAAGAGCAAAGAACAAACCCCACAGCUAGAACUUUCAAAAAUAUUUAAAGUCUCCCAAACACGAUGGAUAGUACGUAUAGUUUUCACGCUAAUGUUCCCCACUCUGAGGAACACCCUAUUUUUCUGGAAAAGUCAAAGGAAAACAAAGCAAAAAAACACAAAAUAAAGCUACAGUUAUGGGCACCUCUUCCUUUAGUUGUGGAAGAUGGUAUGUAUGCCAAAUUCUGGGCACAUAAUACUAAGGAGUUGCCAUCAAAAAGGCAUUCAAAUAGACUAUUUUCAGGGCAGAAACUUGGACUGAAUUCCUGUUCAGCUUUGCUAAUGGAAGAGUUUCCUGACAGCAAAGCUGGCACAGUAAGCAGCCUGUGGAAGCUACAGAAAGAGUAAGAAGAGACACAGAUGGGACAGUAGAAUGAUUUUUCAAAAGUGACCUGUAAUUUGGGAGGUGAGAGGAGGCCUUCACUUUUGGCUGCCCAAUUUGAGACUCUUUAAAGGGGCCUGAGUUUUUAGAAGACAGGGGCUCAGCUCUUUCCAGCAGUGAUAUCUCAAGUUGGGCACCCAGAAAUGGAGAUACACAAAGCUGAAAGUCACUUUUGAAAAUGUAGGCCAAGAUUUAAAGGGAAGGGAUCCUAACAACCUGAUCAGAAUAAUGGAAAUACCACAACGUGCAAAGAGGGCCAGAGGUAGAAGUAGACUGUCCCAGACUGAGAACCAGAGGCAAAUAAGGGAUAAUAAAACCAACAAGAGCAGAAGCAGCAAGUCCAGCAAUUUCAGAGACCAACGACAGCACAUUUUGUACUGAAUUCUCUUAAAAUGAGCAGGACCAAGUGGAUCCAGUCUUGAAAGAUCUCACAUUUUCCCAUUUGAGUAACAUGAUAGCAGAAUUCUGAACACUUAGCAACUCACAAAGCAAAGCUGUCUGUUGAUAGUUUAUACUGCUGGCCUAUGUACUGAUAAAAUCCAACUCCUGUUAAUGUCUCUUUCUUGAAUGAUAGUCAAUAAUAUAUUUUCA